CGGCUCCCAUCUCAUAGACAAAGUGACCAACCAAUGGAGAAAACAACUGAUUACAUCUCGGCGGCAGUAGUGGGAGUGGCCAUAUUGAUGAUGGCAGCGGUGCUGAUGUCCCCGCUCUGCUGCGCUGCUGCUCCAGGUCCGGCGGCCAUGGGGCUGCCGGGCUGCGAGACCCGCUGCGGCAACGUGAGCGUGCCGUACCCGUUCGGCAUGGGGCCGGACAGGUGCUACCGCUCGCGAGGGUUCAAGCUCACCUGCGUCGAUCACGGAAGCAGCAAGAUCCCGAGGCUUCUAUUGGGAGACGGCAGCGUCAGCACGUACGAGGUGGUCGACAUCACCCUGGAGUACAACACGAUGCGCGUCAUCGGCCACGGACUGCGCGCCAUAAACGUGAGCGGCGGCUCCGGGCUGUGGAGCGUCGGCGACACCUGGGCUGUCGGCGUCGACGCCGUACUGCCAUACAAGCUGAACCCGUGGCUGAACGAGUUCAUCCUCACGGGUUGCAAUGUCCAGGCGACGCUGGUGGGGAACGGGAGCCUCGUCAGCGGCUGCGCUUCUUUCUGCGCCCCCGAUCCCGAUGGCGAUGGCAAUGGUUACUACACCCCCGACUCCCACAUCGGCUGCUGCCAGUCGUCCAUCCAAGCUGCCAGCGCGUCCUACGGCGUGGAGCUCAAGCGGCUCGACGCCAGCGUGCCCAAGGCCAGCGAUAUUGAUUUGCCCGUGAACGUGCUCAUCGCCGAGUCGGGUUGGUUCAAAUUCGGCGAGAACAUGGAGGACCUCAGAGGUUUCUCAAGGAAAGCUGAUCAACUCCGGGUCCCAGUUAUUCUCGGGUGGGGGCUUGCGCACGGCGCAUCAGCAACUGAUCCAAACUCACUGAAAUGCUCCUACGACGUAGCCCGGAGCAUUUGCAAGAGCGCCAACAGCUAUUGCAGGAAAGAAUGGCAGAUGGCUCUUGAAGUCGGAGGCUACUCGUGCCAUUGCAAGGAUGGCUAUGAGGGCAACCCUUACCUCACCGGGGGAUGCCAAGAUAUCAAAGAGUGCGAUCAGAAAGAAAAGUAUCUCUGCUUCGGCGACUGCGAGGAACUGCAGGGAUCGUUCCGGUGCAGCUGCCCGCAAGGAACCCAAGGCGACUACUUCAUGCUCGGUGGCUGCGUCAAGUCCACGGACACAACCACAGGUAACUAUGGUUUGAUCAUUGGUUUCUCGGUUGCUAGUGGGCCAUGCAUUCUACUUUUGGCUUUUGUUGCGCUCCUAAUCACCCGAGAUGUUGAGCAACGCAGGGCGACAGCUUUGAGAGAGAUGUUCUUUAGUCAAAAUCGUGGACAACUGUUGAAGCAAUUGGUAUCUCACAGGACAGACAUCGCAGAGAGGAUGCUCAUCUCUUUAGGAGAGCUAGAGAAGGCUACCAAUAAUUUUGAUCAAGCUCGUAGGCUUGGUGGUGGAGGGCAUGGCACGGUCUACAAAGGGAUCUUGUCCGACUUACAUGUUGUGGCUAUCAAAAAGUCAAAUAUUGUUGUCAAGAGAGAAAUCGACGAGUUCAUAAACGAAGUUGCCAUACUAUCACAGAUCAACCAUAGGAAUAUUGUGAAGCUCCAUGGAUGCUGCCUCGAGGCGGAAGUCCCUUUAUUGACUUACGAGUUCAUUUCCAAUGGAACACUCAAUGACCAUCUUCACACAGAAGAACGACCAUCACUACCUUGGAAAGAUAGGUUAAGGAUCACUGGUGAAAUAGGAAAAGCUCUAGCUUACCUUCACUCUGCUAUUUCUGUCCCUGUAAUACAUCGAGAUAUCAAGCCUGCCAACAUACUUCUUGACGAUGCCUUGACAGCAAAAGUAUCAGACUUCGGAGCUUCAAGGUACAUCCCCGUGGAGAAUACCGGAACAACAACUGCGGUGCAAGGAACAAUAAGGUACUUGGACCCUAUGUAUUAUUAUACGGGGCGUCUGACAGAAAAUAGUGAUGUUUAUAGCUUUGGGGUCCUUCUUGUCGAAUUGCUUACUAGGAGGAAGCCAUCUUUGUACAGAUCUUCCGAAGGCGAUGGGCUUAUCAUGCAAUUUGUUGCAUUAGUUGCAGAAGAUAACUUGAUCAAAAUAUUGGAUCCACAAGUUGUAGAGGAGGGAGGUAGCGAAGUGAAUGAAGUGGCUACUUUAGCUGCUUUAUGCGUAAAACUGAAACCAGAGGAUCGACCAACCAUGAGGCAAGUGGAGAUGACGCUAGAAGCUCUCCAAGCACCCAAGGAGCGUGUCCAGGGUGAUUUGAUAGAAGGAACUAAUGAGAUGAAAUAUGUAUCAAUGGGCCAUCCAUCGACCACCCAACGAGCAAAGCAAAGUGAAGCGACCAGGUGUUUUAGCUUAGAAGAAGAGUUCCUGCUAUCCGCAAGACACCCUCGGUAGUUUUGCUUAUUUACGAGCAAAUAUUCAUCUAUCGCACAUUUUCAUUUUUAUCUUUAGUUGUAUAACCCUCACUCGAUGAUCAAAAAUAUGUGUGAAGCUAUA